AGUAAAGAACAUGCACGCAGUUUAUAAGUCAAUAUUUCCGAUAAUUUAAUAUAGUAAAUUUCGUGAAUUUGAAGCUCUAGAUUUUGUUUUGUAGGUUAGUAGAUUAUUAUUUUAUUCAAAAUUUAGCAAAGUAAAAUGUCAGCACCAUGUUUUGCUCCACAUAUACAAACUCAAUUGGAAGAGAUUAUAAAAAGAGGAAAAAUUGGAAUAUGCCCCGGACCUCUAAAAAUUUUAAAUCCUAUGUCAUCGUGUCCUGUGUGGGCUCAAGGGUCUGCUUACGACAGAUUUAAGCUUGUUAUUCCGUAUGGUGGGCAUUCAGUUGACUGGGAUGUAAUUUUUCAGGCUGGUGCACCUGACAGCCCACCAGAUUUCAUUUUUGUGGAUACAUUUUUUGUGGAUUUAACCGAUGUAAAAAGUCUGAUAAAUUACAACUCCAGUAAAUCAGACGCACUUUUAACAGUACUUAAAGAGCUUCUUCAUCAUUAUCAGAAGUAUCAAGUUGCUCACUUACAAAAAUAUUCUCGAGUGCAAUUUGAAUAUUCUACUCUAACUCAGCAAACAAAUAUAAAAGAUGAAGAUAUUGAAGUAUAUGUAGGUGAGGAUAAAGAUGGACCUAUCAACUUUCUCAUUCGGUUAGGAGUAACAUUUUCUGGGAUUCCUCCAGUCUUUAGAAAUGAAUCUGGGGAUGAUACAGCUUUAUUACUGGUGACUUUUAAUGAUCCUGAAGGUACUAAGAUUACACCAAAGUUAUGCUUACCUCCAAAAAUAGAACAUGCCCUUGGUUCCCCAUUAACCUGGCGUAUACCAGCUUUUUCAAGUGAUGGGUGUCUUAUGGAUUAUGUGCCUUUUGUGCAAGAAUCUUUGCAAAAGCGGGUAGAAAUUGUAGCAUACAAUUUUGAGAAAAGAAUGGAAUACCUAUUUGUGUUUUUAGAGCAUUUUGAAGGUUGUUUUAUAGAAUAUGAUAGAGACUUAGCCUCUAAAGCUACAUUUUUAUUAGAACAGAAUGACUUUUACUUCUUGUUCCAGGUAGAUUUACCCUUGAACUUCCCGAUGAAUAAACCAUCAUUUACUUUUCGUUCUAUCUAUCAUUCAGCAUUUGAAAAACCUUUUUCUACUACUGUGAUAAAUUAUCCAUAUAAUCAGGGUUGGUGUGCUGAAACUAUGCUUGAAAAAGCAAUAGAAUUUGUACAAGAAUAUGCGCUGGUCUUUCAACAAAAUUCUGUUCAAAAUGGAUUGUCUCCAUGACCUCAAUUGCUGCUAGGAAAGCUUCCUAAAUUUUAUAUACUGGCAUUAAACUUAAAAAUAUAGAUGUAGUAUAUUUUUAAAAUUUGAAUAUGUGUGUUUGUAAUAUUGAAAUUUUUGAAUUGUGAAAUAAUAAAGUUUAUGUGCUUGAGUUUCAUUUUCCCAUUAGUUGUUCUUAUGAGAGAAUUUUAUAAAAUAAGAUAUAUUUACAUUAUUUGUGACGUUUUACUUAUGUUGCAGGUGAACAGAUUUUUUUAUGUAUUUAAGAAAUUUAUAGAAGCUGUAUUUUGCUUUAUUGUUUGCAGAAUUCUUUAGUAAAUUAUGUGGUGAAAGUUUUGUUCUGUAGAAAGUUUAUUUAAGAAUAAUGUUGAUAUACUUAUGUAUAUUGAAAUGCCAAUUAUUAGUACAUUCAGUUAAUAUGUAUUCUACAGAAUUGAAAAAGCUUUAAAGUAAACAAAUAUCUUUCAUAUUGUGUAAUAAAUCAGAGCAAGAUGUUACAUAUUUGGAUGUUUUAAUCAUACUGUACCUUAGCAGCUUGCAAAGAAGAAACAGAACCUUUCAUUUGUUAUGCUAUCAUUUUUUACAUUUUCUUUAUUACUUUGCUUAUUUGUUUUGUAAUUUGCAAUCAUGUCAGAUUGAGUGGUUAAAUGUUAAUUAAUUUCUAAUGUAAUUUGAAUAUUCUGCUCUGAUGAAUGUAUUUAAUUUUCAAAAUUAAGAUUAAAAUUAGUAAUCAAAAUGUAUGAUUUUUGUUUUGUUUGAAUCUAAAUAUUUUUCAAGUUAGUUUAUUUAAAUGUAUCAUUGUUACCUUGUUUUAAGGAGAAAUGGAAUGUUUAUAAAUAUUAAUUCCAGAAACUGUAUUUGUGUGAUGAUCAUAUUUAAAUAAAUGCUUUUCUUAUUUCAAA